GGCUUUUGGUCUUUGCUGUUUAUAACCCGAGAAGAGAGCCGAAAAAUGACCGGACGAACCGGUUAUUUCUCUCACUCGACCCGAUCCCUUUUUAGCCGGUCCCCACGCGGUUAAACAACCCGAUCGAAGUUUACAGCAUACACAUCGACAUAUUGUUAUAGGGUCGAACGGCUACGUUCUCGACGUCUUCUACAACAAUACAUCGCAGAGUAUUUUAGCAAGCAUCGUGGUUCGCUUGCAGCGGCUUUUUUUGUCUCGACCGGGUUAUCCGGUAGCCACGCGGUCAAACCCCCAACUUAGACCGGUUUGAAGGAAUGAAAACCCGGAACUUCCGGUCGCUGUGCUGUGCUCUACCUAACCGGACGGGAGGCGGUUCGAUUCCCGGCCUUGCGCCGGCUCAGACCGGCCCCAUAUCUCGCCAGCGCCUUUUCUCGAAGGAGUGGUUGCUUUUCUUCGAUGUUUAUAUAAAACCGAAGGGCGGAGAGAGGCAGAGAUUCUCCGAUCUUUUGCUUCGUUGAUUGAGAUCCGGCCCACGAUCGUUCGACGAAAUGCCUGUGAGAGUAGCGGAGACUUCAGCUCCUUCGCAAGUUUCAGGUGAAGGUGCAAAUCCUGGAAGUGCUCUCCCUUCUGCUUGUUCACUUUUGAGUGUGGGACAGGCAUUUGCUGGAACUCAAAAUGUUUCGAGUGUACAAAAAGAUGAAGCAUGGAGGGUCAAUGUAAGGAUUCAAGGUUGUGAUCUUGAACACGGUUAUCUAUGUGGCACUAUGGAAGCGCUUAAUGUGCCUUUGGCAGAUACUCCAGUAGUGACAUUUUGGGAGGGGGAAAUUGUUGAUAUUAAGAACUAUACAUUUUUCACUGGCAAAUGGGAAGCAACGCCCGAGGAUGAUGUGAGACACUGGUCCAAGUUCCAAUCUUUCUCACCUUUCUUGGGCCAAGUGGAGGCCGAUGGUGGGAAAUCUUUGAACCUGAGUAACUACCCAUAUAUAUUUAUGAGAUGGAAAGAGCAAUACUUUGUGAAUGUCGGAAUAGACUGUGGCUUGACCAUCGCUGGGUUUUACUAUGUUUGCUUCUCUUGCAGUGAUGGCUCUAUCAAUGGCUUCUAUUACGACCCUAACAGCAGCCCGUUUCAAAAGCUUGAGCUGAAGUCAACUAAUGAAGGGAGGUCGGGUUUCAGUUUCUCAUCAUAUCAGUUACAGUGAAGGACAAUGCAAGAGGUCAAGAAUUCUCGCAAUGCCCCUGUUCGAUUUGUUAGUGUUUAUUUUAAAUUAAAGGAAACAUAGUUCAUCUAAGCUGAGGGUGCAUUUGGAAGCAAUUUCAGCGAAGAAUGACUCGUAAAAUCUCAGUAGGACACAGUUUUCAUUGUAAAUAUUCUGAAAAGAAUGUGGCCUAUAUAACAAAUCGCUCCCCCGGACUCUUUGGCUUGGCUGGCUCUUAAGAACAGCUUUUCCAUAUAGCUGGAACUAUCUUUUACUCAACCUGACAAUUUGGAUAUCAUGUGUGCACUAUAAGUAUCAAUAACCCUGUUUUACCAUCGACUCAUCAAAAUGGAUGAUUCUGAUCAA